CAAACGAUAUUGACUUUUCGAUUUGUCAGUAAAUAUUUCUACGAUUCAAAAUUUUUAAGUGUAUAAAAAAUGAUCAAAUAACUUUAAACAUUAUGCCUUUAAAAACAACUAUUAAUUCGUACGGCCUAAAGGGCAAAUAACUAAAAGAAAACAUUUUAAAAGUUAUUUAUUUAAAUCAUGUCACUGAUGUGAAAGUAGCAAAAUUUUUAGCAAAACGACUCUACUUUUAUAAUAAUAAAUAUGGGAAAAACAAGCAAAGUAGUCGUAUGUGGAAUGAAAGGCGUUGGUAAAACUGCAGUUUUAGAGCAGCUUAUAUACGGAAAUGUUAAUUUAAAAUCAUCUUUCUACCCGACAAUUGAAGACAUAUACGUUGCGAAUAUAGAAACUGACCGUGGGACUAAGGAACGCGUAUGUUUCUAUGAUACCGCGGGCCUGGAGCCUCCUCUUACAGGUCCACCACAAUCACCGACGAUGCAGUUGACAGCCAAUCAAGUUUUGCAGCGUCACUACCUUGGAUUUGCAGAGGGAUUUGUCAUGGUAUAUGACACUACCCAGCCAGAAUCGCUUGAUGUAUUGAUGUAUUUGAAAAAGGAUAUCGAUAGAAAUAAGGAUAAAAAGGAGGUAGUGAUGCUAGUUAUCGGCAACAGAACAGGUCCUGAUGACAUCAAUAGCCUCGAGAAUACUUGCUCGAAAGCCGCUAACUGGUGUGCCAGAGAGAAAAUUCGCCAUUUUGAGGUAACCGCCAUGGACCGUCCGUCCCUAUAUGAGCCUUUUAUAUUUAUGACGACGAAGUUGAACCCUGUACAGAAUAAAACAGCCUUUCCUCAACUUUCAACUCUUAGCAAGUUAACUCAGAAAAAUAAUCGCAGCGAUGCAAUUUAACAUUACGUUUUUAAUCUAUGCCCCUUCUGUUAUCAGCCUUGAGGUUCUGAUUGCUGGCAACAUUGGAAACGGUUUUAAUAUGCAAAGGGUGAUUGUCUAAAUACUUCAACCGUUGUUCUUGGAUAUCCCAAAAAAAAAAAAACAU